GAAAUGCGCGUCCCAACAAGGAUAGCAGACUAGGCGGGAGAACGCGGUAGAAAUGGGUGUUAGUCGACCAUUCUGCAAAUCCAUCCUCCUCUCCUCCAUUUGCCCCUCCACCGCCGCCAGCCUUCGUUUCCCGUCGUCGCUACGCAGAGGCAGCUCUUUUAUGGCGUCUCUGAGCUCCAAAAACGACAGCUCCUCAUCUUCGUCCGAAUGCAAGAACCCCCAGAGCGAUACACCGUCCCCUUCCUCCGCCAUUGAUUUCCUUUCGCUAUGCCAUCGCCUCAAGAUUACAAAAAGAACAGGCUGGGUUCGUCGUGGUAUAGAAAAUCCUGAAUCAAUAUCUGAUCACAUGUACAGGAUGGGGAUUAUGGCACUUAUUGCAGCAGAUAUUCCUGGCGUGAACAGAGACAGGUGUAUAAAACUGGCUAUAGUACAUGAUAUUGCUGAAGCUAUUGUUGGUGAUAUUGCACCUUCUGAUGGCAUACCAAAGGCUGAAAAGAGUCGUAGAGAAAGAGAGGCACUUGAGCACAUGUGUAAACUACUUGGUGGAGGCCCCAGAGCUGAGGAACUUUCCGAGCUGUGGAUGGAAUAUGAGGAAAACUCAACUUUAGAAGCAAAGCUCGUCAAAGAUUUUGACAAGGUUGAGAUGAUACUUCAGGCGUUAGAAUAUGAAAGUGAACAAGGACGGAAUCUGGAGGAGUUUUUUGAAUCUACAGCAGGAAAAUUCCAAACUGAUGUGGGGAAGGCUUGGGCUGCAGAAAUAAUAUCUAGAAGAAGACAAAGGAAAGUCGGUUCUGUUGAGUAGCAUCUUGUAACAGAACCUGGAGAUCCAAGUACUGUUUCUAGACUACUUUGCGCAACGUGAUUGUGUGCCUUGCCUUUCUGUUCAGAUGAUGCAGGACUCUGUUGCUUUAUAAAGACGUCGAGCAUUAUUAUUCUUGACGCCACAUGGCUAGCUGCUCAUAGUGCUGCCAUUGCAGGUUCUGCGACCUAGCAACUUUCCAGGGCAAUUUGGUUGUUUGUUGCCAUGAUGCUUGCUUGCAUUUCUAACGAUAGUAGUAACGGUGGCUUUGUAAAAUGGCAACUUGGAUGUAGCUUUGUUAAGCUUUUUAUGCUGCUUAAUGUAGAUGAAGUUGGGUCAGCUUGGACCACCAUAUUGA